GUAUCUGGACACCGGGGACGGUAUGAGAACUGUGAAGGACGAUGGAGAGGUGACGGAGGUGUCAGUUAAUCGGUUUACAAGAGAGGCACCUCCCUCUGGGAUGUCCAAGAAUGGAUACUUCUUUCAAGAAAUGGAGCAGCGGGAGGCGGAGCAGGAGGAGGGCAGCGAGGGCCGAGAGGAGGGACAGGACUCGCCGAUCGCCUGCGGAGAUGACAUCCACCUUUAUGACAACCAGAUCAGCCCUGGGCCAGAUGCUGACGACUCCGGUUGUGUGUUGUUGAACACGUCAAGAAAGUAUGUGAAGCUGAUGGACUUUGAGGAGGAGGUUCGGGCUCACCGGGACCUGGAUGGCUUCCUGGCACGGGCCAGUAUCCUGCUGGAUGAGACGGCUGCCUCGCUGGACGACGUCCUGAAGAGAAUGCUGCACCACGUGGGCCAGGACAGCCACGCAUCCGAGCCCAGCUGCAACUUCGAGGAGGUGAUGAGCAUGCUUUUCACCGACGCAGGAGCUCAGGAGGUCAACGACAAGUCUCAAAGUUUCGUUUUCUUUGAUGACGUCCACCUGCUGUCAGAGACGAUCCAGGGGGUGACAGCCACCGCCACCGGGAUCCAGUACCAGCAGUCCUGGCUCUGCAUCCUCUGCAACGUGAAGCAUCUCCAGAGGCGUCACGUGUGCAUCUCCCGCCUGGAGAGGCCGCAGAACUGGGGGGAGAACUGCUGCGAGGUCCGCUAUGUCAUCCUGAUCCUGGCCCCGCUCAAAAUGAAAAGCACCAAGACAGCGAUGGAGCUGGGCAGGACGUUUGCCACCCUCUUCUCCGACAUCUCCUUCAGGCAGAAGCUGCUGGAGACGAAGACGCAGGAGGAGUUCAAGGAGGCGCUGGUGUUCCAGAGGCACCAGCUGACGGCAACCAACCAGAACCCCAUCGCUCUGGGGAAGGAGGAGACAGACCCCCGCAGUCACAAGCCCCUCAAGUGUAAAGAUUUCUUUAAAGCCGGCCGGGGGAUUUACGAGGACCUGUGCCGCCGCCUGCCUUUCUACCCCUCUGACUUCACAGAUGGUAUAGUCGGCAGUAAUAAAACCCUGCUGAAGUACAUGACCACAGCCAUCUUCCUUUACAUCGCCAUCCUCCUCCCCGCCAUCGCUUUCGGCUCCCUCAAUGACGAGAGCACACGUGGCGAGAUAGAUGUUCGGAAGACCAUCAUCGGCCAAAGCAUCGGCGGGGUCAUCUACUCGCUGUUCGCCGGCUCUCCUCUCGUCAUCCCUCUGACCACGGCUCCCCUCGCCAUCUUCAUCAGCGUGAUCCGUGGAAUCUGUGACGACUACAACCUGGACUUCCCGGCUUUCAACGCCUGCAUCGGUUUGUGGAACUGCCUCUUCCUCAUCCUGGGAGGCAUCUUCAACGUCAGCCUGCUCAUGAAGCUCUUCAAAAGGUCGACAGAGGAGGUCAUCGCUCUCUUCAUUUCCAUAGCGUUUGUGGUCGAUGCAGUGAAAGGCACAGUCAAAAUCUUUCACAGGUAUUACCACGCUCCGACGCUGGCGAACAGAAGCAUAGGGAGCUUCCCUCAGAGUGGAGAUCUGCUUGGGGGCAACAGGAGUGAUGUGGCGGCCGGGUUCGCACUCAACGGCCUCCCCGAAUCCGUCAUCCAGUGCACUCGAGAGAGGCCCGUCCUCUGCCUCCUGCUGAUGCUCGGGACGUUAUGGAUGGGCUACACCCUCUACCAGUUCAAAAGGAGUCCGUUCCUGCAUGCCAAAGUGAGGGAGGUGCUGUCGGACUGCGCCCUGCCGAUCUCAGUGCUCAUGUUCUCCUUCAUCGGCUCCUACCUUUUCAGCGACAUCGAGCUUCCAGUCUUUAAAGUCCACGACCGGCCCGUCUUCAACGUGGCUCCGUUUGAGCGUCUGUCGGCCAUGAACGUCGUCAGCGCCAUGGGCCUCGGCUUCCUCCUCGCCCUGCUCAUCUUCAUCGACCAGAACAUUGUCGUCUCGCUGACCAAUGCGCCAGAGAACAGGUUGCUGAAGGGCACGGCGUAUCACUGGGACCUGAUGCUCUCUGGGCUCAUUAACAUACUGAUGUCAGUGCUGGGGUUGCCCUGGAUGCACGCCGCCUUCCCUCACUCCACCCUUCAUGUGCGCCAGCUGGCUUUUGUGGAGCAGCGCGUGGAGGGGGGGCACCUCUAUGAGACUAUCGUCCAGGUGAAAGAGACCCGGCUGACGUCUCUGACUGCCAACAUCUUCAUCGGCGUGUCGGUGCUGCUGCUGCCUCUCCCGCUGCAAUGGAUCCCCAAACCCGUCCUGUACGGCCUCUUCCUCUACAUCGCCCUCACCUCCAUCGACGGAAACCAGAUGUGCGACCGCAUGGCUCUCCUCCUCAAAGAGCAGACGUCUUACCCGCCCACCCACUACAUCCGCAAAGUGCCCCAGAGGAAGAUCCACUACUUCACCUUCCUGCAGAUGAUGCAGCUGCUGGUCCUCUGCACGUUUGGCAUGUACCCGAUACCGUACAUGAAGAUGAUCUUCCCUCUGCUCAUGAUCAUGCUAAUUCCAAUCAGGAACAACGUGCUUCCUCAUAUCAUUGAGGCCAAAUACUUGGACAUAAUGGAUGCCCAACACAUGUAGCUACAGACGGAGACGAGUUCUGGAUCCGCGAAAAACACGUCUGGAAUUUUAGAAAAAAAGGAAAUGAGGAUUAAAAAACAACAACAUAUUUUUCAAUGCAAAACUGUACGGAAGCAAAAAGGAGAAAUACCGACUGUUUUGAUUUUUGUAUCUGAUAAGAACAUUCUUACAGGUGAAGCACUGGAAAUGUGGGAAGUCGCGUGAGAAAGAGAGAUGAGAGCUGUGGGAAAUGUUCCCCGACGUGGACAGACAGCAUCUCUCCGGGGGAAAGUUCUACCGAAAAACAGGACCGUCCAGAACUCCCUGUUUCACCUCUGUUUGACCCUGUCAGCUCGUUCAGUGCCAUAUACCUCCAUGUCCUCCUCUCAUACCUUUACAUUUUAUGGUAAUAUUUUACAAUAUCCUUACCGGAGUGUGUUCAUUUGUGUGUGGCGUGAUUGCCGAUGAGUGCGAACACGCUGCAACGGCCCGAAACAUUAUGAGAAACAUGCUGCAGCUUCAGAAACAGUUCAAAAACACAGGAAAAUU